AUGUAUCUGCUUCAUAAUGUCUUUGGAGAAAGGGAGUUGGUAUCUGAUAUUUUCUUAGACUCUUCCUUCAAAGUUUUUGCUGAUACCUUGGCGAGUGGGGGAAUUAUUAAGGCAUUAUGUGUGCCUUCUGGGGCAAAAACUUACUCAAACACUGCUCUUAAGAAGGGUGAUAUUUACAAUGCAGCAAUCAAAUCUGGAGCAAAGGGUUUGCCUUUCCUAAAAGUUUUGAAUGAUGGGGACAUUGAAGGGAUUCCUGCAUUAGUAUCAAGUUUGGAUUCAAAAAAAAGAGAGAAGUUGCUGAAGAUUUUUUCUGCCGGAUCUGGUGAUCUUGUCUUGUUUGCAGUUGGUCACCAUGUGUCAGUUAAUAAAACAUUAGACCGGCUGAGGGGAUAUAUAGCUCAUGAAUUGGGCUUGGUUGACCAUACCAGACAUUCCAUUUUGUGGGUGACUGAUUUUCCAAUGUUUGAGUGGAAUAGUGCGGAACAGAGGCUUGAGGCCUUGCAUCAUCCUUUCACUGCCCCAAACCCUGAAGAUAUGAAGGAUCUUUCCUGUGCCCGUGCCUUAGCUUAUGACAUGGUUUACAAUGGAGUUGAGAUUGGUGGAGGAAGUUUGAGAAUUUUUAAGCGUGAGGUUCAAGAAAUGGUUUUGGAAAUUAUCGGCAUUACCCAUGAACAGGCUGAAGCAAAGUUUGGCUAUCUUCUGGAGGCUCUGGACAUGGGUGCCCCUCCUCAUGGGGGAAUUGCUUACGGCUUGGAUAGAUUGGUGAUGCUGUUGGCUGGUGCUAAUUCCAUCAGGGAUGUUAUAGCUUUCCCAAAGACAUCUACUGCCCAGUGUGCCCUCACUCAAGCACCUUCUGAGGUUGAUCCUCAGCAGCUGAAAGAUCUUUCGUUUCAUGCCCAAUAG